CUCCUUUCCCAGGAUGCUUGGUGCGCUCGGAAGGCCAGCCCCGCAACAGGAGGCGCCUGCCCGCCGCCUUUCACGAAGAUCGGUGACGAAUGCUUUUACUUGAGCGAUGUCAAGAAAAACUGGAAUGACGCCCGAAGACGGUGCCAAGGCUUGGGCGGAGACCUCGCUGUGCCCUCCGACGUGCCUGCCCUCGACGCCUUCGUGUUCGGCAAAGUGGAGGGCCCCGGAGUGUGGAUAGGCGGCACCGACCAGCACAACGAAGGCGUGUGGAAUUACAUCAACGGAGACCCAAUCAAGGCCCAGGACUGGUCUGAGACACAGCCUGAUAAUUAUGGCGGCAGAGAAGACUGCCUGGAGAUCCGAAGUUACUUUGAUCCUCCGGUUAACGAUUACAUUUGCUCCGUGGAAGCAGCACUUCGUCUGCGAGAUUG